AUGGGUGGUGACCAUGCAAAUGAGAUGCUCUCCUUCCUCGACUAUGCACUCAUAAAAUCGUCACCUAAGAUCCUCAUCGAAUAUAGCGGCAUCACUUGGCUUCAUUGGAUAAUCGCACCUCGCACCUGCGCACAUUCUAAGGACCAAGCUUAUUUCCUGAAUCAUUUCAGUGAUGCAGUUGGCCCACUGCCUCGCCCCAAUCCAUACCCGUGCAAUACAACAGUUGCAUUGAACGCACAUGAACUAGCCGAAACGCCAUUGUGGCGAUGGCUUGUAGUUCAGGCCACCGGCCAUCUCUUUAGUGGCUUUGUAGGCCCUGUCGUGCGACUGCAAGGAGCUAAGUAUGCUCUAGAGACCUGGAAAGAAAAGAUCAUGUUUCUAGAGUCCUCGAUUGGCGGUGUUGAGCUGUCUCCGUAUUCCAUCACGAGUUUCCGCAGCAGUACAGUCGAUCUCGUACUUUUAUAA